AUGCACAGGCAAGGUGCGGAGGCUCGCCGCCGACCCACAGCCGUUGUGCCGCGCAGGGUUCGGGCUUGUGCUGAGCGUUGUCCAAGUGGGUCGCAGUGGGCCACAGCAGCGCGCAGCGGUGCGCGAUGUACUGCUGAGGCAUCGAUAGUCAGGUAUAUAGCUAGCCGGGGUAGGUGGGCAGCGCGGAGAGCCUUGGGUGUGUUUCACACUCCUCAAAGAACAACCAUGUCGGCAGGCGCACCCCUGGCACGUUUCAUACACGCGCUGCUGCUGGCACUGCUACUGGCGCACACGCAUGCCAAAGUGCUACCAGGCGUGUUCACCGGCCUGACAUCGAUUUCGCCCGCCCGGAGUUACCCGGAGGGCCUAUGGACCGCCAAGGUCACCUACGCUAUCACAGAGAAUAUGAGCCCCCAGAAAGGCGACGUGUUCGAGCUGCAGAUGCCGCACGUGCUUAAGGUGUAUGGGUCGACCACCAUCGGCUCCAGCUCGUACAUCCCUCUCAAGGACAGCAGCGGCAACACCGUGGCGAACUGUCUCAUUAUCAACGGGUUCUUGGAUUCCGCCAACUCGCAGCUCCAGUGUACCGUGGGUCGCUCGGACCUUUCAUCUGCGACAGGCACCAUAUCGUUUGGUUUCGUCUUCGCCAUCGGCGGUACGUCCUCGGCAGGCGCCUUGGCCGCAGCUAACGCCUGGAGCCUGGGGCUCAAUACUGUCUCGUUCUACGACGCCGCUGCAACAGCUACCCCGCUCAAGGCUACGGUUACCUUCACCACUAACGGCAUUAGGCAGACGGCUGGUAUGAAUGAUGCCGCUUACAGAGGCUAUGAUAUGGAGUUCCCAGCUCCGGGCAGCUACCAGUUGGAAUACUUCGUGGGCCGCGCUUGUUCAACCAAUUCCUACGCUGACACGCUAACCCUCAUACACUCCGGUACCCCCGGCGUUGUAGGUAACCUUGCGAACUGCAAUGAUGUGAACGUCAGUCUGGCGAGCGCCUUCAACGCGUGGGGCAUGCCAUUGGGCAUGACCACCCUUCCAUCAGCUUCGUACAAAAUGUCAUGUGUUUCCAAUAACAUCUACAUUACCGCCUCUGGCAUCCCUGCUUCCCAGCGUAUUGUUGUGAACGCCAACCAAAUCAUCGACCGGAACACCAAUGCAGAACUGCGCUUUACGAACUCUUACCGGGAAACCCUGUCUUGUUCUGGCGCCCGUAGUUCCUCCGCCGUGUCCUACUCGCAUGUCGUUGUCUUUGGCAGCGGAAGUGCAGAUGGCGGUAUCGACGGCAAGUAUCUGAGUACUACAACGCAGGGGGGUCCCAACUCCUUUACUACAACGUACACGACAACGGACGCCAGUGUGGGAACUGACGGCGCGCUCACUCCUGAUACACACAUUGUUGUGGAGAUACCAACUGUAGCCAGCACGUCUUUCACCACGACAGCGGCUCCCGUGACUGCCACGGGCACCGAGACUUCCACCUUUAGUACGAGUCGUACAACUUGGACCGGCUCAGACGGUUCGAUAACUGUAGAGACUAUCUACUACGUGCAAACGCCGCCUGUGCACUUGACAUCUGCCACUACUAAAGGGUAUGAUGGGUCCCAGACGAGUACGUACUCCACAGUAGUGUCAACCUUUACUGGCGAAGACGGCAAGAACACCGUGGAGACGAUCUAUUACGUAGAGACCCCUCUUGCGCACUUGACUACUGCCACCACUAAGGCCUACGACGGAUCCGAGACAAGCACGUACUCCACCACCAUUUCAACAUUCACAGGCGAGGACGGCAAAGACACAGUGGAAACAGUCUACUACGUGGAAACGCCAUUCGUUUACUCGACCUCCGCUACCACUAGACCUUACAGCGGUGCUGAAACUUCGACUUAUGCUACUGAGUUGACAACCUAUACUGGUGACGACGGAAAGCAGACCGUGGAGACCAUCUACUAUGUCGAGACUCCAAUUGUGGAUGUCACAUCCGCCACUACCAGACCUUACAGCGGUGCUGAGACUACGACGUAUGCUACUGAGUUGACAACCUACACCGGCGAGGACGGGAAGCAGACCGUGGAAACCAUCUACUAUGUCGAGACUCCAAUUGUGGACGUUACCUCUGCCACUACCAGGCCCUACAGCGGCGCUGAAACUUCGACUUAUGCUACUGAGUUGACAACUUUCACCGGCGAGGACGGGAAGCAGACCGUGGAGACCAUCUACUAUGUCGAGACUCCAAUUGUGGACGUUACCUCUGCCACUACCAGGCCUUACAGCGGCGCUGAGACCACCACCUACACCACCGAAUUGACAACCUUCACUGGCGAGGACGGGAAGCAGACCGUGGAGACCAUCUACUAUGUGGAGACUCCAAUUGUGGACGUUACCUCUGCCACUACCAGGCCUUACAGCGGCGCUGAGACCACCACCUACACCACCGAAUUGACAACCUUCACUGGCGAGGACGGGAAGCAGACCGUGGAGACCAUCUACUACGUGGAGACGCCCAUAGUCAACAUCCAAACCACUCACAUGACGCCUUGGAAUGAGUCUUCUACUGCCACGUAUUCGACAGAACUGACAACGUACUCUGGAACAGACGGCAAAGAAACGGUUGAGACAAUCUACUACGUUGGCACCCCAAUCGAAAGAGUAUCGAGCGGUACUACGAUCCCAUGGACCGGAACAAUCACCACCACAUACUCUACGGAGCUAAACACGUUUGUCGGGCCCGAUGACAAACAAACAAUCGAGACCAUCUACUACGUAGAAACUCCGAUAGUCGGAGUCUCGUCCGGAACAACAAUCCCUUGGACGGGUCUUUACACUAGCACAUUCUCCACAGACUACGCCACAUACACUGGCACUGAUGGGAAGCAGACGAUCGAGACGUUCUACUACGUGGAGACGCCGGUAGUCGAGGUAACAUCCACUACCAUGACACCUUGGAGCGGAUCGAUCACAAACACCUUUUCGACUGGCUACAGCACAUAUAUUGGAAGCGACAAUAUCGAAACAAUAGAGACCAUCUACUACGUCGAGACUCCAAUUGUGGACGUCACAUCUGCUACUACCGGGCCUUACAGCGGUGCCGAGACAACCACCUACACCACCGAAUUGACAACCUACACCGGCGAGGACGGGAAGCAGACCGUGGAAACCAUCUACUACGUCGAGACUCCAAUUAUUGACGUCACCUCGGCCACCACCAGACCGUACAGUGGUGCUGAGACAACCACCUACACCACCGAAUUGACAACCUUCACUGGCGAGGACGGAAAGCAGACUGUCGAGACAAUUUACUACGUGGAGACUCCGAUUGUGGACGUCACAUCUACCACUACUAGACCAUACAGCGGCACUGAGACUACGACGUAUGCUACCGAGUUGAGCACCUUCACCGGUGAAGACGGUAAGCAGACCGUGGAGACCAUCUACUAUGUAGAGACUCCAACCAGAGCCACGACUGUCUACACCGGAUGGACCGGCACUGAGACCUCAACUUUCUCCACUGACUUGACCACCUUCACCGGAUCUGAUGGCGAACCAAUUACCGAGACCGUGUACUAUGUCGAGACUCCAACUAGAGCCACUACUAUCUACACCGGAUGGAGCGGCACCGAGACUUCCACUUUCUCCACUGGCUUGACCACCUUCACCGGAUCUGAUGGCGAGCCAACAACCGAGACCGUGUACUACGUGGAAACUCCCAGCGUUGCUUCAACCUCGUUUGGUCAGUGGACUGGUACUUAUGUAACCACCUUCUCCACCGAUGUCACUACCUAUACUAUUGAUGGAGUGGGGACAACCAAGACGAUCUACUAUGUUGAAACCCCAGGCUUUGUCACCACAACCUACACUGGGUGGACUGGGACUGAGACAUCCACUUUCUCGACAGAUGUGACUACCUUCACUGGACCUGACGGCGAACCAACGACCCAGACCAUCUACUAUGUCGAGACUCCAACCAGAGCCACGACUGUCUACACCGGAUGGACCGGCACUGAGAUUUCUACCUUCUCGACAGAUGUGACUACCUUCACUGGAUCUGACGGCGAACCAACCACCGAGACCGUGUACUACGUCGAGACCCCAGUUGUCGCCACAACUGUCUACACUGGGUGGACUGGGACUGAGACAUCCACUUUCUCAACAGAUGUGACUACCUUCACUGGACCUGAUGGCGAGCCAACGACCGAGACCGUAUACUAUGUCGAGACUCCAACUAGAGCCACGACUGUCUACACCGGAUGGACUGGCACUGAGACUUCCACUUUCUCGACAGAUGUGACUACCUUCACCGGAUCUGACGGCGAACCAACGACCCAGACCAUCUACUAUGUCGAGACUCCAACCAGAGCCACGACUGUCUUCACUGGAUGGACCGGCACUGAGACUUCCACUUUUUCUACUGGCUUGACCACCUUCACCGGAUCUGAUGGCGAGCCAACAACCGAGACCGUGUACUACGUGGAAACUCCCAGCGUUGCUUCAACCUCGUUUGGUCAGUGGACUGGUACUUAUGUAACCACCUUCUCCACCGAUGUCACUACCUAUACUAUUGAUGGAGUGGGGACAACCAAGACGAUCUACUAUGUUGAAACCCCAGGCUUUGUCACCACAACCUACACUGGGUGGACUGGGACUGAGACAUCCACUUUCUCGACAGAUGUGACUACCUUCACUGGACCUGACGGCGAACCAACGACCCAGACCAUCUACUAUGUCGAGACUCCAACCAGAGCCACGACUGUCUACACCGGAUGGACCGGCACUGAGACCUCAACUUUCUCCACUGACUUGACCACCUUCACCGGAUCUGACGGCGAACCAACGACCCAGACCGUAUACUAUGUCGAGACUCCAACUAGAGCCACGACUGUCUACACCGGAUGGACCGGCACUGAGACUUCCACUUUCUCCACUGACUUGACCACCUUCACCGGAUCUGACGGCGAACCAACGACCCAGACCGUAUACUAUGUCGAGACUCCAACUAGAGCCACGACUGUCUACACUGGGUGGACUGGGACUGAGACAUCCACUUUCUCAACAGAUGUGACUACCUUCACUGGACCUGAUGGCGAGCCAACGACCGAGACCGUAUACUAUGUCGAGACUCCAACUAGAGCCACGACUGUCUACACCGGAUGGACUGGCACUGAGACUUCCACUUUCUCGACAGAUGUGACUACCUUCACCGGAUCUGACGGCGAACCAACGACCCAGACCAUCUACUAUGUCGAGACUCCAACCAGAGCCACGACUGUCUUCACUGGAUGGACCGGCACUGAGACUUCCACUUUUUCUACUGGCUUGACCACCUUCACCGGAUCUGAUGGCGAGCCAACAACCGAGACCGUGUACUACGUGGAAACUCCCAGCGUUGCUUCAACCUCGUUUGGUCAGUGGACUGGUACUUAUGUAACCACCUUCUCCACCGAUGUCACUACCUAUACUAUUGAUGGAGUGGGGACAACCAAGACGAUCUACUAUGUUGAAACCCCAGGCUUUGUCACCACAACCUACACUGGGUGGACUGGGACUGAGACAUCCACUUUCUCGACAGAUGUGACUACCUUCACUGGACCUGACGGCGAACCAACGACCCAGACCAUCUACUAUGUCGAGACUCCAACCAGAGCCACGACUGUCUACACCGGAUGGACCGGCACUGAGACCUCAACUUUCUCCACUGACUUGACCACCUUCACCGGAUCUGACGGCGAACCAACGACCCAGACCGUAUACUAUGUCGAGACUCCAACUAGAGCCACGACUGUCUACACCGGAUGGACCGGCACUGAGACUUCCACUUUCUCCACUGACUUGACCACCUUCACCGGAUCUGACGGCGAACCAACGACCCAGACCGUAUACUAUGUCGAGACUCCAACUAGAGCCACGACUGUCUACACUGGGUGGACUGGGACUGAGACAUCCACUUUCUCAACAGAUGUGACUACCUUCACUGGACCUGAUGGCGAGCCAACGACCGAGACCGUAUACUAUGUCGAGACUCCAACUAGAGCCACGACUGUCUACACCGGAUGGACCGGCACUGAGACUUCCACUUUCUCGACAGAUGUGACUACCUUCACCGGAUCUGACGGCGAACCAACGACCCAGACCAUCUACUAUGUCGAGACUCCAACCAGAGCCACGACUGUCUUCACUGGAUGGACCGGCACUGAGACUUCCACUUUUUCUACUGGCUUGACCACCUUCACCGGAUCUGAUGGCGAGCCAACAACCGAGACCGUGUACUACGUGGAAACUCCCAGCGUUGCUUCAACCUCGUUUGGUCAGUGGACUGGUACUUAUGUAACCACCUUCUCCACCGAUGUCACUACCUAUACUAUUGAUGGAGUGGGGACAACCAAGACGAUCUACUAUGUUGAAACCCCAGGCUUUGUCACCACAACCUACACUGGGUGGACUGGGACUGAGACAUCCACUUUCUCGACAGAUGUGACUACCUUCACUGGACCUGACGGCGAACCAACGACCCAGACCAUCUACUAUGUCGAGACUCCAACUAGAGCCACGACUGUCUACACCGGAUGGACCGGCACUGAGAUUUCUACCUUCUCGACAGAUGUGACUACCUUCACUGGAUCUGACGGCGAACCAACCACCGAGACCGUGUACUACGUCGAGACCCCAGUUGUCGCCACAACUGUCUACACUGGGUGGACUGGGACUGAGACAUCCACUUUCUCAACAGAUGUGACUACCUUCACUGGACCUGAUGGCGAGCCAACGACCGAGACCGUAUACUAUGUCGAGACUCCAACUAGAGCCACGACUGUCUACACCGGAUGGACUGGCACUGAGACUUCCACUUUCUCGACAGAUGUGACUACCUUCACCGGAUCUGACGGCGAACCAACGACCCAGACCAUCUACUAUGUCGAGACUCCAACCAGAGCCACGACUGUCUUCACUGGAUGGACCGGCACUGAGACUUCCACUUUUUCUACUGGCUUGACCACCUUCACCGGAUCUGAUGGCGAGCCAACAACCGAGACCGUAUACUAUGUCGAGACUCCAACUAGAGCCACGACUGUCUACACUGGGUGGACUGGGACUGAGACAUCCACUUUCUCAACAGAUGUGACUACCUUCACUGGAUCUGACAGCGAACCAACGACCCAGACCAUCUACUAUGUCGAGACUCCAACUAGAGCCACGACUGUCUACACCGGAUGGACCGGCACUGAGAUUUCUACCUUCUCGACAGAUGUGACUACCUUCACUGGAUCUGACGGCGAACCAACCACCGAGACCGUGUACUACGUCGAGACCCCAGUUGUCGCCACAACUGUCUAUACUAGAUGGACGGGUAGAUUCACUAGCACUUUCUCCACCGGGGUGUCUAUUCUGACGGGGCCAAACGGGCAAGCUACCACGCAAACUGUUUACUAUGUGGAAACACCAGCUUCCGCGUACUACGGCAACUCGACAAGCUUUAGCCAGGAUUCUGGAAGUACAUUGACCUCAGUCCCAAGCUCAACAGACAAGACUAGCUCUGCUCCUGGUUUCAGCUCAGCGCAGCCUACAACUCAAUCAUCUAGCAAAUCAAACUUGCCGGUCCCAAGCUCUGCUAGCUCGAGCACGGCAACUGCAGUGUCAACCUCCUCUGUCUCGUCGGCGUCAAGCUCCGCGGAUUCGGGCACGUCCACGGUCGUAGUUUCCACGCCAGUGUCUGCUUCGGCAACUACAACAAGUUUGUUUUCCAGUAGUCAAGAGUCUUCAGAGACCGAAGCAUCGAGCUCUUCAGCCUUGGUCACAUCCGCGGUCGUGGUUUCCACACCGGCGCCUACCUCGGAAACUACAACAAGUUUGUUUUCCAGUAGCCAAGAGUCUUCAGUGACCGAAGCAUCGAGCUCUUCAGCUUCGGGAACUCUUUCUAGCGCAACUUUCUCAAUGACGAAGGUCUCAUUGGCCUCCGAUUCUACCGAGACUGCUACGAACGGAAACGUCGUUACCUCCACGGUGAUCGUCGCUCCAGGUUCCAAGUCCAACAGUGACACGGGUCUUGUGAGCACGCCUGCUUCCGUUAGCCAAACUGGUACCGCCACCGGACCUGAGCACGUGACAACCGGCCCUGCCACUGGUCCUGCCACUGGUCCUGCCACUGGUCCUGCCACUGGUCCUGCCACUGGCUCUGGACCAGCGACAAACAGUGUCACUGCAAGCUCGAGCUCCCAAAUCCUCAAGCCCUCAGCUGCCGAAUCUUCAAGUCCCGCGAGCAUUGAACAAAUAAACGUUUCUCCUGAGGCAUCUAGCUCAGUUCCAAAUGCAAUGAAUAGCGCUACACAAGCUACUACAACUACUUCUUCAGCCUCUUUCGGUCGCAAUACUCCUGUAGCGGUAAACUCAGGAACGACUUCUACCGAACAGAUUGAGUCUGCGCCUUCUGCGGCUGAAAACCAUAGCAACAAAACCAGCGUUUCGGGCACCGAAUCUGACACCGCUACUAAGGCAGCAAUGGGAGCCAGCUCCAGCGCUUUGGGCUGGCACUCUGGUCAAACCACUACUGUCGCUCCAUCCUCGCAGCUCUCUGCCUCUGCCUCCACAACAAGUCCAUCGAGACCUAGCUCCUCGGUCUCUGUCUACGAAGGCGCCGCUAGCAGAAUAGGUUUAGGCUUCCUUUUCGCCUUACCCUUGGCGCUAAUUUGA